UUUAUUUUUCAUGCAUUGUUUGAAAGUCACACGUGUCCAGAGAUGUAGCUCCUGUGGGUCUGACAUGGUGUCUGCCAACUUUACCCAACUGGAACACCUUUGAGCCACGCUUCAGUGGCAGUUGUUGUAUCCUUGACGGUCUCCUGAAGACGCACAUGUACCAUGGCAACUUUUAAGUUUAUUGUCAGUGAGUGGCUUCUGAUAUCAAGUAGUUGCUGGUUGGUAGCUGGACAGACUUUUAGAAUUUCAGGAUCAUAUAAAAAAUGAAAGCUUUUCUUCUGGUCUGCGGACUUUUACAAAGUUUCGACUUUGCAUUAACUGAAAGCUGCCUGCCAAGACUGGGUUAUGUGUGUAAGGAGAUACCAACAAGCUAUCCUGCUGACAUGAGCUCUCUGGUACUCUGGGUGAGCAAUGUGGGAGAGAUCAAUUCAACGGUGUUCAACAACACACAUCUUGCGUCUGUCACCAGUCUCACAAUGGAAAAAAAUGGAAUCACAGCUAUAGCAGCAGGAGCCUUUGACAAGUUUCAAAACCUGAAGAUGCUCAAUUUGCAUGGUAAUGACAUUUCCCUAGUCACAUCAGCCUGGUUCACCCACAGAGAGGUGCUAGAAGACUUCAACUUGUCAAGUAACAGGAUCGCAUCUUUGAAUGACGAUGCCUUCCAUGGCCUGUUGGGGCUCCUCAAACUAAACCUGUCGCAGAACCAGAUCCAAACCAUCAGCACUGGUACUUUUCACUCCCUGAGUAUCCUGAGCCAUCUGGACCUUUCCAACAAUAAGCUGAGUUAUCUGAGUGUGGAAACUCUUCGUGCAGUCAAUAACACCAAGAUCUGUUUGAAUGGAAACCCCUGGAACUGCUCCUACACUGAGUUUAAUGACUACAUAAGAGAACUCCAAAGGGCCUCUUUGCUGGAGAAUGAGAUGGAGGUGCUCUGUGACACUCCAUCAUGUCUGAGGGGAGUGCCUGUGUGGAAUGUGUCCAAAUGUGUAGAACACCUCACUGCAGUAGACCUCACAACUGGAAGCAGUCACACCCUGAAACCAACACCAGUUCAACCACACAUUAAUUUGUCUGUUCUUAUCAGUUUGUUAGUGGUACUUUGUGCCCUGGUACUUGUCAUCUGUGUUUUGUCAGUUUUGUACCACAGAAAACGAGAGCAGAAACAUCUACAGACCAUCAGACCUUCUCCAGAGGGGCCAGAAUGUGGAAAUCAAGCUCAGUCAGACUGUAGUGAAGCACUAGAACGUCCUAAAAAUGCCCAACUUCUUGUUUCUGACCUGAUCAAGAAACCAUAUUACAGAACUGAAGUUGUGCAAAGGCUGGAUCAGACAGUGCUUAACGCUGAGAAGAUGUCACAGGUUUACCAGAUUUACGGCACAGGAAUAUGUCAAAACGGAGACAGAAAUAACCGAGCCAAAUCAGCUGGACCUGUGCUCUCUAGAACUGACGUCUUUGGUAGACAGCUAGAGACUAAAGUGGAAGACCAGAAAGAACUGAAACAGAUAAAGCAUGAAGAAAUGUGUGCAAAUGAGAAGGACAAUUACGAGAUGUUUCUUGAUGGGAUGAUGGAAGCCAGUGAGGAACAAGAGUGUGGAACCGAAGGUGAGCUGCAGAAAAUGGAAAGGAAACAUCUAAAGGUCGAGAAAGUAGAUGGUGGUGGAGAUGAAUUUAUUACCACUUUAGAAAGGAGAGAAAAGCACAAGGAGAACCAGAUGAUGGGUUUGGUGGAGGAAAAUGCCAAAAAACAGGAAUUUCUGCACAACGAUGAUGAUACUGUGGUCAGUGAGGAAGAAUUUAAAGAUAAUUUGAUAUCCUCUUUAGCAAGACAUGAACUAUCUCAGCCAGGCAGUGAUGAUUGUUUCCAGCCUUGUGAGGAUUCUGAGACCAUACCUUACCUCACCAUUGGGACUGAUCCAGAAAGCCAAAUUCUAAAUCAGAUUCCAACUGAAGCUUCCACUCAACUGGUGCCUUCAAGGCCCAUUAGAAGAAUACUGACCUGGCCUCCUACAGCUGUUCAGUGGAAAAAGCAGUGGGCCCAAAAUCAGCAAAUCCUCAGCGUUUUACCCAAACUCGUUUUUGUCACUGGGUGCCAGCAUCAAAAUGGCACAUUCCCAUUCAGUACCUCUUCAACCAGCCCAGAGGAUAUUGUGCAGCAUCAAGUCAACAUAUUUCCAUCAAGCAUAUCUUCAGCCAGCCCAGAAGGUGUCCUGCAAGGUAGUUGCUCUGGCUCAAACACCAUACACAAAUCAGCAAGACAAGACGCUACAGAUAUCAAGACCGUGGAACUUUUGAAGGAAAUUUCAGAGUCAGUUGCCAACUCUUACAUUCAAAACCUGCCCAACUCAGCUCAGAAUUCUGCUAAAUUAAUUGAAGCUCAGUGUGGUAUUAUUAACCAUAAUCCUCUUUUAAACAGUAAAGACUUGGUCCAUAGCAGUCCACUAUCUGAGGAGAUGCACGAUGAAGAAUCGGUGAAUCCCAGUGAAGAGUCUCAUAUUGUGAAAAGAGGCAGUCAGACAAGGAAGAAGGAUCAGACUCCCAAAAGUGAGCAGAUGGUAUCUAAAUCAGAGAGGCAGUCCAGGAUAAGAGACAAGGAAGGAAGACCAGCACUAAAAGGACCAAGGGAACAUUCAGGAUCUGGCUCAAGAGUGCCCCCUUCAGGAGGUUCUCCUAGUGAUGACAGCUUGCUAGUGGAUAAUGAAUAUGCCUUCAUAGAUCUUUUGCAUGAGGUUGUGGAGAACCAUGGUCGCUGGACACGAGAGCGGUGGAGGCAGAGCCACAUGAACAAGCAAAAACAUAAACCAUCAGGAAAGAGUCAUUAAAUUUGCUCUUCACACUGUAAAUUGAAAAAUACACCAGAAGCAACAUGGAUAUUAUUAUUUUUAUCGUAGAAUUUAAAACACAACUGUUAAAAAAAUAAGGAAAUUACAGAAUUAAAUGUAGAAUUCAUUUGAGCACUUAUAAAAGGUUAUUAGAAGUAUUCCAGUUGCAGAAUUAUUUACUUUUAUAGCAUACUUUAUUACUGUUUCAUAGUAUUCAGUAUAUUCUGUCUGAAUGAUCUUUUAUAGUGUGCACAGAAUAAAAAUAAUGAACGUCAAAUAUAUGCAUAUAUAAAGUCAUCUGCAGUUUUAGUCAGAAAUCAGAUAUUGCCUGGUGAUUCACCAUGUUUUGUAAUUUAAAGUUACCUGAAUGUAGAUGAAGGUCAAGUUAAGGGUUUUUUUAAUUUUAUUUUUUAUUUUAAUAUAGAAAUGUUUUGAAGCACAUCAGCAACUCGCAAUGAGAGAGCUAGGCAGGCUGAAUUGCAGCCUCCACACAGCAGGUUUAGUUGUAAUGCAGUCUAACAAGCCUUCCUAAAUAAAGGUUUUAUGCACCGAUUCAUCAAAACCCUUCUGUUCCGUUCAGUACAUCUUUAACCAGCCCAGAAGGUGUCCCACAGUAUCAAGGCACUUAAAAUAAAAAUCAUUUCUCACUAAUCAGAUUUUGAUGUCUGUAUUUUUAUGUCUUUAAGUUUCAAACAGUGUAACAU